AUGUGGACAAUCCACCGAGAUAGACGUAGCGCCCAGAUCAGAACCCUUCCUUCCCAACCACGGAAACCUGCGUCUGUUGAGGUUGAGUUACAACUGAGGCACAUCGCGAGAUCGGACUUUCAUUCAGGGCAUGAUAAUUUAAGCCCGAUUGAAUAUUUCAGCUCCACCCCCGGAACAAAAUUCAAUCGAAACUACCACACAUAA